CAACUGCGAUCGUCACCCAAGGCGGCUGCGACGGAGUCGGCGGUUGCGGAGUUGUAAGUAGCUGAGCCACGCCGCUUGCAACGCACUGACGCCUUCGUCACUAUUCUCGUUCCCCGCCACUCUGCUUUGGUUCGGUUCGACAGUUGUGCGCUGCACGAAGUAUACUACACUCGCCACUGCCGUACAAAAAUGUGUUCCGCGUCCACAGUGUGCUAAGGGAUUUAUGUUUAUAGUGUGUUUGUGAACGUGAUACCAGUACGACAUUUGGUUCAGAAUCACUACAUUAAUUAGACGAUGAUGGCUCCUGAAACGGUAGUGACUGUGGAACACAAUAAGCCUGCUGCCCCACCUCAGCAGCAGCAGGGUGGCGCUUUGGACUGGAUUAAAAUCAACACGGACUAUUUCAAAACGCCACCUGGUAUAUUGAAAGUCAUCGAGUUGGUAUUGGGCAUUCUGUGUAUGGCACUGUCAUCGCCCUGGUACUCGACGUGGUUCGUUUUUGUAGCAGUUACUUGCUUCAUCACGACGCUUCUAUGGAGUUUUGUCUAUUUCCUUAGUAUCAGAGAAGCAUUAAAAAUCCCUAUUAACUGGGUUUUAUCUGAACUAAUCAGCACGGGUGUUCAGACAUUGUUCUAUUUGAUCGCGUUCAUCGUGUUAUUUGCUGCUACAGCAAAUUACUACGCCUCCGGUUAUGGUGCCAACGUGGCAGCUGCUGUGUUUGGACUCUUUAAUACAGUCGCGUACGGAGCAAGUUCUUUCCUACUUUUCAAGGAGCACAAGAGUACUGUGAGUGUGGCGGCGUGAACGUGACACCUACAGAGAGCAGGUGGCAGAGGGCAGCGGUAGGCGGCCAGUAGCGUAAACUCUACCAGAACAAUAUGACGUCUAUUAUAUCUGAAUCAAAAUUAUAUUUAAGCAAUUAAAAGAUAUUAAUUAUUGACAUAAAUAUCAUGAUAUCAAAAUAAAAAUAUCGAAUACGAUUAUUGUUUUGUCUCUGUGCACAUAUUUCAUAAGUCGUAAAUGAAAUAAAUUUUAUUUGCAAUAAGAAAGGAUGCAUAGUAAUACAUAGUAGUGAUAUAAUAUAUAAAUAAUGCCAUACAUGUCCACGCUUGUAAAUAAAUAGUAUUGUUAUUGCUUUCACAAAUAUUCGUAAAAAAGAAAACUUUGAACUUAAUAUAUUAAUUAAGAACAGGAUCCAGAUUUUUGUAAUAUUAAUAAUUGAAGCAAUGGAUUAUUUAUAAAAGACUGAUUAAAGACAAGCAGUACAUCUUGAAUCUUUAUAUCAAUACUUUACAUUUGAAGAUCCUCUAACAUUAUUUAAUAAUAUUUUUCGAAUAGAUCUAUUGUUUCCAAUACUUAAAUUGUGUUCUUAAGAAGUAAAUGGUAGUAGAAAUGAAUUAUAUAUUUAAUUUUUACUGCAGGUGGCAUAUUUUGUAUAUUACACUUGAGAACAUGAGUUGAAAAUCUUAUGACACAUGGACGUAUAUCUGUUUGUUCCUUAUCAUGAAAAAGUUAUCAUAAUAAUAUAUGGGUCUGACUCAUGAUUAAGUACACAGAAAUUUUACUUACGACGUACCUAAAAUAUUAUCAUAGGAGAUGUAUGAUAAACGUUUAUAAUAAUUUAUUUUAUGGUUGUUAUAUUUUUAGUGUACCUAUACCUUAUAGCCUUGAUGGAAACAAUUAUACUAGACAUUUCACAACAUUUUACUAAUUAUUAAAUAUUUUACAAUUAUAAUAAACUUAUACUAAGUUUACUUUUAUAUUUAAUAUCACUUGUAUUAAAUUUGUAAUGUUUUAUGAGAAAAAUAUUUUUGUUAAUCAUAAUUUUAAUUUUAUCAGUACUGCAUUAUAGUUUGAGACUAUCAUCAGAAUAACUGUAAUCCUCAUGUUAACGUGCACCGUGCAUUAUGUUUCUGAAUUUGUUCAGUCUAAUAAAAAAAUAAAGGGUUGAGGUAUGAUUUGGUCCCAAGUAGUCUUAAACUUUAUAAGUUGGUUGUGAAAUUCAAAUUCUAUGACUAUGAUAUAUAAGGAAAUUUCAAUAAAACUACAGUAUUUUCCCAUUAUAUUAUUUUUUAUUGAACUUAUUAUUCGCGGGCGAGCUGAUGAACUAAGGUAAGAUUAUUAAUUCCAGUCAGUAAAAUGACGUUUCCAGUGUUGCAGGUUUUUAGUCCCAAAUAUAUAGUGAUGUGGUAGAAUCGAGUUUUUACAAUUAAAAGUUAGUCGAGAUUACAUUUUUUUAUUCAAUAUCAAAUUGCCUUUAUACAAAUAAAAAUUCUAGUAUUAAUUCCUCUGAAUCUCUUUUUACAUUUUUUCCCAGCUUUUGUAAUAAUGUUAUAGUGAGAAAUUUUAAUAUGCUGGUAAGGUCCAUAUUUCUAAAAUCGUAUUGUUUAAUACGAUAUGUAUUAAAUAUUUAAAAUUAAAAAAAAAGUCUUCGACACCUAAUAAAAUAAAGCAUGACUAAAUGUCUAAGUCUAUUGAUUGCCGGACAUCACUAUUGUAGCGGGUCACCCUUUUUUGUAUCAGUGAUAGUUGCACUUGUCAUUUUACUGACUGGAAUUAAUAAUCGUACUUUAGUACUGAAGAAGAUUUCCUAAAGAAAUCAGUACAAUUGUCGCGGAAGACAAAAACAUAGUAAGUUCAUUAAAUUCCCGUACAUGGAUAAAAAUAUUAAAACUUCUAGUAACCACUCUGUUGUUACUAACGUCCAUUCAUAUCGACUACAAUCUAGCUCAGUCGUGUGCUUGAUGUAAAGCAUUCAAUAU